UAUCUCAGGAGAAUUACACAGAGACGACUCCUCCCUUUAUGUGUGGUGGUGUAGAGUUUAACUCACAGAAGAGAACUGAGCAGACGGAUGAAAGAUCAACUAAAGCUCAGACCAUGAUGAGGAUCCAGACAGCUGCUCGAGUCGCCUGCUUUCUUAUUUACACUUUAACUGCAACUGUGAAGACAAACUUAACAGACACUGCUGCUACAGAAACACCAGACAGUCCAGACGCCGUCAAGACACCGCUGGUGAUCAAAUCCAGUUUUCAUAUCUACCACGAAGGAAACGUGUUUGAAGAAACCUGCGCUGUCGUACCGUUCAGGUCUGAAACCCUGGACAGAUGUGGUUACAACAGAACCAAUGACCUGGUGAUCAUCAUCCACGGAUGGACGAUGAAUGGGAUCAUGGAGCAGUGGAUCUUCAGCUUGGCUUCUGCUUUGAAGAUCAGGAUUGGUUACCUGAAUGUGAUUAUAAGCGACUGGAGAAAUUUGGCUCUGCAGCCUUAUCCAAUCGCAGCUAAGAACAGCCUACAGGUGGGGCAGGACGUGGCCGCGCUCCUCAGGUGGCUGGAGGAAUCCACACAACUCACCGUGGAUAAAGUCCAUCUGAUUGGCUACAGUCUGGGAGCGCAUGUAGCUGGAUUCGCAGGGAGUCAUUUCAGAAGAAGAAAACUUGGCCGCAUCACUGGUCUGGACCCCGCGGGGCCGCACUUUGAAGGGGUCCCUGCGUUCGACCGACUCUCAGUAGAUGAUGCUCAGUUUGUUGAUGUCAUUCACACUUUUGCCAAAAGUAACAUCAUGCCUGGAGUCGGUAUAAAACAGAUCAUCGGUCACGUGGAUUUCUACCCCAACGGAGGCUCAUUUCAGCCAGGCUGCAAGAUGCUCGACAUCUACAGUAACGUUUAUCAGUAUGGAUUGCAAGGCGUACCCAAGACCAUUAAAUGUGCCCAUGAACGUGCAGUCAAACUCUAUACUGACUCUCUGCUUAACGCCAGUCAGCCCAUAAUAGGCUACCGUUGCCGUGACGACAGCACUUUCUACAAAGGUCUGUGUCUGGACUGCAAACAUAAACGCUGUAACACGCUGGGCUACGACGUCAGACGCGUACGGGCGGGCAAGAGCGCUAAAGGCCUGUUCUUCAAAACCGGCCCAGAGGCACCGUAUAAAGUGCUUCACUAUCAGAUCAGAGUUGUGCUCAGGAAUCUCAUCGACCCCGACAAGGUGUCUGUGUCCGUUUCAAUCAAUGGAACCAGAGGAGAGAGCGGAGAAUUACCCAUAAUCCUGUACCAGGAAAGCUCAGGUAAGAAGAUCUACACAUCAUUGGCCACAGUAGGCACCGAUCUGGGUCAGCUGAUGUCCGUCAGGCUGGUUUGGCAGGGCGAGCUGGUCUGGUCCAGUUGGUUAAGACGGGUCAGAAACAUCAUGAGCUGGAGCGAAUCCGAUCAGCGUGAUGAACUCAGUGUUUGGAGGAUUUCUGUCAAAUCAGGAGAGAAACAAGAAAAGAUUUGGUUUUGUGCCCCGUCGGGUGAAUUGAGCCACUUGAAGGCCUCGCAGGAGCACCACUUCAUUCGCUGUGAUGUCUUAAAGAGAAAACGGGACUCGGACAACAUGUUAAACACUUCCUCAAUUUUAAGUCACUUUGGAUAAUGUGAUAAAUGUAGAGAUUUCAUAAAUCAGAUGAAAUGAGAAUAAUGACCUCAGACACAAA